ACUGCGGAGCAUAUUUCUGUUGCAACAUCCUGCUUACACAGACAACAAACAUACGGCUCUAUGCGGGACCAAGCCGUUGAUCCUACUGUAUAAACUUUCCUUUUUGUCUUAUGGUUUUUGAAAAGUUAUAUGAUGGAAAAGGAAACUACGCUUGUAGCUUCUUUUUUUUUGUUGACAAAGCCUACAUCCGUUUGUAGGAAGUUCCCUUCUAUGGAAGCUUGAGAAUUCUAUGGCACGCACAUCGACUUCCGUUUGGGUGUGUAGUGGUAGCUCUAUCUACAAAAUAAUUAGCUAAAGUCGUACCUUUUUAGAGCAAUUUUUACCCAUUAUCCAUUGCAGACUAAAAGAAGAUGUCAAAGUCUUUGAAGAAAAUUGUGGAGGAGAGUCGGGAUAAGAAUAUACCUGAGGUGGACAUGUGUGACAGAGGGAUAUCCAACAUGCUGGACAUCCCAGGACUAUUCACCUUGUCCAACAUCACGCAGCUGGUUCUUAGUCACAACAAGCUCACAAUCGUUCCUCCCAACAUUGCAGACCUGAAGAACCUGGAGGUUUUGAAUGUUUUCAACAACCAGAUUGAAGAGCUGCCCACCCAGAUCAGCAGCCUACAGAAGCUGAAGCACCUCAACCUGGGUAUGAACAGGAUGAGUAGUCUGCCACGUGGUUUUGGGUCACUGCCUGCUCUUGAGGUACUGGACCUCACCUAUAACAACCUGAAUGAGAGCUCCCUGCCUGGGAACUUUUUCUACCUUACCACCCUGCGUGCACUCUAUCUCAGUGACAACGACUUUGAGAUGCUGCCCCCAGACAUCAGCAAGCUGACCAAGCUGCAGAUACUUAGUCUGAGAGAUAAUGACCUGAUAUCGCUGCCCAAGGAGAUUGGAGAUCUGGCCCAGCUCAAAGAGUUGCAUAUUCAGGGCAACAGGCUCACCGUGUUGCCCCCAGAAUUAGGUAACCUGGACCUGACUGGCCCUAAGCAGGUGUUCAAGGCGGAGAACAAUCCCUGGGUGACACCUAUUGCAGAUCAAUUCCAGCUGGGAGUCUCACAUGUUUUUGAGUAUGUCCGUUCGGAGACAUACAAAUAUCUCUACGGGCGCCACAUGCAAGCAAAUCCUGAGCCGCCAAAGAAGAGCAAUGACAAAACCAAAAAGAUCAGCCGCAAGCCUCUGGCUGCCAAGAACAAGUGAGGAAAAACAUGUGGAAGAGAAGAGUUGACCGCUUGUCUGGCAGGCUGGACCUCACUGCAUGUGCCUUCAUCCCUUUUUUUUAUUUUAUUUUAUCAACAAGGAAUUAUAAUUUUUUAUACAGCAUGUAUGUUUGUAUGCUAACAAUGUCACACAUGAAUCUCAACCAAGGUUGGGGUUCAUUGAGUUUAAAUACAGGAAGUAAGCAGGAAGUUGAUCAAAAUUAUAAUGUAUUCUAUUAAUUCAACCAAUCCUUUAAUUAACUUUGGUUAACAUAUUUUUUUUUAUAUUUCUGAACUGUUGAAACUGAAUCAUUACUGACCCCAAUCCAAGUUUGCAACUUGGGGCUAACUAUGUAGCUUUAUUCACCUCGAGUCUCAUUUAUAAAACCUGACAUUACAUACAUUUCAUACUAUACAGUGGCAUACGUAGUACAUACAUAAACUCUACAAAAAGUUGUGAUUUACAAACAUGACGUACAUUGUUUUUAUUUUUUUAAACUAUGCACACGUGGACAAGAUUUGUUACCGCUUUCACACUUAAAAUCUACCAACAAUGGAUGUAAUUUACACCAAAGCCACAUGACUCAUUUGUGAAACAUAGCUGUAUUCACAAGCAGAAAAAAACAAUGCAAUUUCACAGAAUGUGAAAUCAAAGUGUAAGCGGUAUAUUGAAGUUUAUAAAAGGAAAACUGCAGUAUGUUUAGAAUACAAAAAAAAAUAAUUGCCAUGUGAUAAUGUAUGCUCAAAAGCUUGCAUGGAAAUGUAGAGUGUAGUCUCACGCCAAGUUCUAUCUUCAUAAAUGCCACUGUAUCCGUAAAGUUGCGUACAUUUGGUCUAUAAGGCCCUUUGUGCUUGUAUUCUCUUCCAUUAGACAAAGAAUUAAAAAAAUUCAAUCUCUGUGGGAUGUGGUCAGAAACUUUGUGUCACAAAAUGAAGGUUCAGUCAACCUGUUGAAUGUACCCUUCCCUCAAACAUUUCAACUUAAGUCAUGGUUUUAGUUAAGUUUUUUGAGAAACCGAAUUCUGAUUCUGAUAAUAUCUGUUUAAUAUUUUACUUGACUGUGUUUGUGUCACACCUGCUAUUGUGGUAAUUGUACAACAGUGCCUUGUUGAGACCCCACAAGUGAGAUUAUAUUAGCCAACCCCUAUGUUAGACAUGAUAAGAGCACAGAAAAUGGAGGAGAGAACUGUUGUAUCCAACCCCCUCAAGGGUUCUGUCAGUGCCCCCUUUUGUAAGACCAGGCUGAGUAACCAGCAUUUGGCCAGGAUGAGUUCAGUGUGGGAUUUGGGAGGGUUUAAGGGGUCUUAACUCUGGACUGAGGAAUCGUGCCCUUGAGGGGAGGGUUCUAAAGUCGAUGUCUGUUACCUCAACACUUGUUUGCUCUUUUUUUUUCCUUGUUUUUCAAUAGAAAGGGAUGAAUCUGAAAUGUCUCUUGUGGUCAAUUGUACAGGCUACUCUGUCUCUUGGCUGCAUCAAGCAGCAGUGCCCAAACCCCUGGAUAAGGGCCAACAUUUGAUGAGGGACAACAAGUGGCCUAGAACAAUAGUAGGGUCAUGUUUUUAAGUAAAUCUUUCACAGAGGAGACCAUUUUGAGACAAUGUAGCAUCCUGAUAUGCAAUCCAUUGUUUGUAAGUUCUGUCCUCAACUAAAUUGUGAUUCGAAUUUCUUUCCCUCUCUCAAUGAUACUGGUAAAUUGGUGUGUCAGAAUGAUUUUUAUUGUUUCAAUUUUCCAGUGACUGCACUAUUGCUAAUAUCUGAAUGAACCCCAGUAAGGUACAAUGGUAGCAUCAAUUCUUCUUGAAAGUGUUUUUUUUUUUACUUACCAAGGAAAACAUUCAGCUAUCAUUUAAAAUAAAAUGUAAUGUUUUUUUCUUGCUUUUUAUCAAUCCACAUGCAACAAUAUCUAUACUCUGUUACAAUUGUUCUGCUAUUGAGCUUUUUAAAUAAAUAUAUUAUAUUCUG